AUGGCCUGCACUAAAGAUACUGUCAAAUUCAGCGGCCUGAACAUCUGGUCAGAAGAGGCUGGACCCGCACCAGAAGUUGAUAUCAUCGCAGUUCAGGGGCUAGGAUCUCACCCGUAUUACACAUGGGUCAAGAAGGCGCCAGCAUCGUCAGGCAACGAAUCAAAGAGAUUGAGAGAUAAAGCGCGAUUCUGGAGAAGCAGAAAACCAAACGAAUCUCUGCAAGGCAAUAUCCAAGAAGAUAUCUCGACGGAAUGUAUGUGGCUCCGGGACUUAGUGGUGCCUGAAUUCAAGAAAGCACGGGUCGCUACAUAUAGCUAUAAAUCGGACUGGAGGGAUCGAGACGUCAAGACCAGCCUCCGCCAAUGUGCUGAGCAGUUCUUGAACAUCUUAUCCCAACAUCGGCAGCAGGAAAUUGAACGCCGGAGACCACUUGUGCUAAUCGGCCAUAGUCUCGGGAGUCUUGUCAUUCAACAGGCACUGGUCAUUGCCUUCCACCAAAAAGAUUUUACAGACCUACGCCUUUCUGUAACCGGUAUCAUCUUCCUUGGUGCACCUUUUCAGGGAAGCGAUGUAGCGUCUCUCGGAACAUGGCUGGCUCGGAUGUCAAAAACUGAUACUACGUUAUUAAAGUUAUUAACAAAGAAUAGUCCAAGCCUAAAUGCACUCUCGCGAGACUUCUGGGGGAGUCAUCGCGACUGGGAUCUAGUUUGUUUCUACGAGAGCAAAGGAGCUCAAUAUGGACCAAUAAAGAAACAGAUAGUUAGUUCACAGUCAGCUACUUUGCUCGGGAAGCGAAUGAUGUUCCUUGGCACAGAUCAUUCGGGUCUCAAUAAAUUUAGUGGAGUAGAUGACGAGAACUUCGCGCUGGUUCUACCCGAGCUUCGAAGAAUGGCUCAGGGCGGAGCCUCAAUUGUAGCUGACCAUAAUGGUGCUACGCAUGGCAAUGUACACUGGAUGGUACCCCGUGCUAUUAACAAUCUAUUUACCGGACGUACCAAGUUAAUACGCCAGGUACAAGAAUCUCUGCGCAAUAACCAAGCCAUCGAUUCUGGCAAACAAAGACGUUUUGUCAUUACGGGAUUAGGAGGACAAGGAAAGAGUGAGAUUUGUCUGAAGGUAGCGAGUUUGAUGCGGGAAGAGUUCUGGGGCGUAUUCUGGGUGAAUGUUGAUAACCCUUCUACGGCCGAAAGUGACUUUAUUGCCAUUGCAAAAGCCCUUGGGCGCUCGGCCGAGACUCUCGUGGAAGCUCUUCAGGUCCUCGCAACUACAAAACAAAACUGGCUCCUCAUCCUUGACAAUGCAGACGAUACAGACUUUGACUACCAAGUCUACCUGCCUUCUAGCACUCAUGGCGCUCUUCUUAUGACGUCCCGUGUUGCCGAAUGCAGGCGAUAUAGCCCCAACGCAUUUGAAGCACUAGAGGGCCUUGAGGACCAAGAUUGCAAGGAUCUCUUACUUAAGGCCUCCGAAUUUCCUCAGGAGUCGUGGCCAUCUUACGAAAGUCAAGCUAUGGAGGUGGUCCGGCUUUUAGGGUCGCAUACUCUCGCGCUGAUCCAAGCCGGGGCGUAUGUUGCGAGAGGUCACUGUCACUUGCAUCAAUAUCCCGAGGUGUUUCAACGACAACGAAAGCGACUCCUCGAGUACCGGCCGAACCAGGCGCAGUCGCGCUAUUGCGAUAUCUAUGCAACUUUCGAGGCAUCAGCAGAUGUUUUGAAGCGAUCCCACAGCGAGUGUAGCGAGGAUGCUCUAAAAUUGCUCGAUAUUCUUUCAAUGCUAGCUUCUAGCGUUCUUCCACUUGACCUAUUUCAAGAAGCAAGGUCUUAUGCCACCCGAAUUAAGGAUUCUAGUAGGAUUGAUGGCAUGUCUCGAAGUCAUGUUUCGAAACUACCCAAUUUUAUGAUCGCUGAUGCCGAAACAUGGGAUCCUUACCGUCUCAAAGAGGCUGUUUCUCUACUUUUAUCUCUUUCUUUAGUCACUGGGCAUGACCUGGAGGGCGCAGGCGGACUAUCAAUGCACCCACUGACAUACGCCUGGGCUAAGGAUCGCCAGGGCCCAGAACAACAACAAAAAUCUUGGAUUACUGCUGGAUGUGUUCUCGCAUUUUCUAGAUCUAGUGGUUCUGUAUGGCACACACAAGGAAGAAUAUUUCUGCCACACAUACAGUCUUACUUGGACAUGGAGGUUCGGAAUGCGCUUUGGUCCGGGUCUAAAGCUAUUAUUACCCCAGUUCUUAUAAAUUGCAUCUGGAUUCUAGAUUCUAUACGGCAAGACUCCAGAGCUGAACUCCUCUUGAGAGAGAUGUUUAUUGAACUUAGACAGAACCCCGCGAAGCCAUCGAUGGAAUAUUUACUGCUAUAUGAUUUUCAAGCAAAAAACUUACGUCUUCGAGGGAAGAGCAGGGAGGCCGUGGCGCUGGGGGAGCAGAUGAUUAAAAUCUGCGAGACACUAGCAGAGGAUCAUCCAAAUCGGCUAACCUCGCAGCAUGCACUUGGGAGUGCUUAUAUAGAAAAUGGGCAAGUGGAAGAGGCUAUAGCGCUACUAGAGCAGCAUAUACUUGGGCGUGCUUAUAUAAGAAAUGGGCAAGUGGAAGAGGCUAUAGCGCUACUAGAGCAGGUGGUUAAGAUCCGCGAGAUAACGCUAGCAGAGGAUGAUCCAAAUUGGUUAGCCUCGCAGCAUGAACUUGGGAGUGCUUAUAUGGAAAAUGGGCAGGUGGAAGAGGCGAGAGAGCUCUUGGAGCAUGUAGUGGAGAUAGACCGGACUAAACACCCGGAAGGUCAUCCGGGACGAAUGGUGUCGGAGCAGUUACUUGCGUCCUGGUCUUGA